GUAUUAUGUUGUGUUUAUGUACUGUAUUAGGCUACACGUUUUUCGGUAUUUUAUAUAAUACAUGAUAUUAAUCUUUUUCGUGUACUGUCUGCUGUCUGUGUAGUAGGCUACAACAUAACAAAAUAGUUAUCAGACUUAUUCGAAACAGGGAUUUAAAUUGAUAGAAUGUUGCAUUUUCUUAUCACAAGGCAACAUUUCAGAGCGUAACAAAAUGCAUGUAUGCGCGCGCGCGAGAAACAAACAAACAAAAAAAAAAAAACAUAAAAACAGUAAAGGGGAAUAUAUAGGCCUAUAUUUGAGAUUUGUCGCCACGCGUCGCAUCGCUCCGCUCGCGCCCGCUGUAGAAAGUCCUUUUUGAAAGUGAAACAUUUAAUCAGCUUGAAUCGCGCAGUACAGAGGUUUACAGCUCACAUGUUCCAAACCUCACGGUUUUCGUGCUGUCGGGACAUAUUUAGUGGGAAACUACACACCAGUACGCCUCAAGCCAUCAGAUUCAUCCACACAAAACAGCAGAGCUGAAGUAAUUUCCAAAACAAUGUUCCUACCCAAAUGACUUGACGUUUUAUGCUUCAAUCAAUAGAGUACCAAAAGUUACAUAGUGUAGAUUUAAGUUAUUUAUUAAUCACUGGGCAAAUUCCAAUGCAAGUGAGCAUCCCUAUGCCCUACUCACUCCAGAUAGGAGGGAGUGAGCAGGGAAAAUGAGCUCAAGUUUGCUUUCGGUUGCUGAUUGGAGAUUCUCUCGCAGCCAUGUCACAGGAACAGCCAGAGCCAGUUGACAUUGACCAAUAUGACUUAUAUACAGCAGGCACAGAGGGUCAAGACUCCAUAACAACUCUGGAUGACACAAAGCAUCAAAACGUCACAAUGAAUCAGCUAUACUUACUGCCAGAAGAGGACAUUUAUACAGCUCGAGAUGAAAGGCCACAACCUUCAGCACCACUGGACAUUGCUAAAUUUAUAAUCAAAGUGGACUGGACAGACCCAUUUCCAAACAGAUGGAGAGCAACAUUACAGAAAGCCCUUCAGAGCUGUUUGCUCAGACUGGAAGGAAAACCAUCUGUCCUCAGCCUUAAACUCAUGGAUGAUCCAUCCUGUGCAGAGGUGCAGAUAACACCAUCAACAGCUCUAGAAGCUUUAAAAAAGCUCAGGUCUAUACCUUUGAAGUUUAAACAUGAAAAUAAGGAAGUGACUGCAUGGAUUUGUCCGGAUGAAACACAGUGUGUGACUGUACCAUGCCAGACGUCCAUGCUGUACGAGAAUGGAAUUCCUUCAUCAAAGGUGAUUGGCUCUAUGCCUGUGACUGCAGCAUCAGAAGACACUAAUAAUUUUGAGGACGUUGCUGUAUCUGUUAGAGCUCCAAACAAAGCUGAGACCACUAACACUGAUAAAAUGAGCUCUGAGACACCAGCUGUACUGACUGUCCCCCUUUAUGAGUUCUGGUACAUGCAUCACACUUACAGAAAAGAGUUAGAACAAUUUGAGAAACAGCAUGGAGUCUCUAUUUGUGCAGAAGUGUCCGUCUCAAUCAAACAUAUCCAGAGCUCAAGCCCUGAUUCUGUGUCUAAAACCACUGAGGACUUUCAGACACUUGUUCAGAGAUGUACGGAUAGUUUUAGUGACGCUGCCAUAAAUCAUAACAUGAAUUCAGAUAUUGUGAAGCAGGCCCUUCAGGACAUUCAAUCAGAGGAGUCAAAGAUGAUGUUCACCAUGUCUGCCAGUAACUGUCUGUUCUUUGGGCCGAAGAAAUUUACAGAUGCGAUUAAAAGAGAGACAACAAAACUGGAACAAAAAUAUAAGGACAAACUUCAGAAGAGUGUGUUUGAUGACAAGAAGAAGCAAUUGAUAAGUUACUCAGGGGACAUUCCUCAUGCAACAGGAAUCAAAUGGAAUCCGAUGCCUGAUUAUGGAUCAGGAGCAGUGGGUGGAUCAGUACGGGAUGAGGGAGUAAAUUUUAGAAGACAAAGUGAAGCAGAUACUGGAUUUAAUGAAGAUUCAAAAGACAAUUCUAGACAUGAGAGUAAAGAUGCUCAUGCUGAAGAGGAGACGUGUGCUAUUUGUAUGGACAGCUUCACCCACAAGAAAAAACUGAAAUGUGGACAUGAAUUCUGUCGGGAAUGUAUAAGUGCAUCAGAAAAGAGUCUGGGAUCCAUCUGUCCUGUGUGUAAGGAAGUGUAUGGGAAAUUGGAGGGAAACCAACCGAAUGGAACAAUGACUAUAACAAAGAGCAGAUCAAGUCUCCCUGGAUAUCCACUAUGUGACACUAUUGAAAUCACCUACAACAUUCCUAGUGGUGUUCAAACGGAGAAGCAUCCAAACCCAGGAAAGCCUUUUAAUGGGACAAAUCGUCAAGCGUACUUGCCAGACAAUCAUGAAGGAAAAGAAGUGCUCACACUGCUGCAGAGGGCUUUUCAACAGAAACUGAUCUUUACUAUUAGGAAAUGUACUACAGGUGCAGAGAAUGUGGUCACCUGGAAUGAUAUUCAUCAUAAGACCAGUAAAUAUGGUGGGCCUAAAUGUUUUGGUUAUCCAGACCCUGACUACUUGAAGAGAGUGAAAGAUGAGUUAAAGGCCAAAGGCAUUGAAACAGAAACAACAGGACUGGACAGCCAAUUCAAAGACAAACUUCAGAAGAACGUGUUUGAUGGCAAGAUGAAGAAAUCGACUGGUUACUCAAGAGAAUCAAAUGGAAUCAGAUGCCUGAUUAUGGAUCAGGAGCAGUGGGAGGACCAGUAUGGGAUGAUGGAGUGAAUUUUAGAAGACAAAUUGAUACUGGUUUCAAUGAAGAAUCAAAAGACAGUUCUAGUCAUGACAGUAAAGAUGCUCAUGCUGAAGAGGAGACGUGUGCUAUUUGUAUGGACAGCUUCACCGACAAGAAAAAACUGAAAUGUGGACAUGAAUUCUGUCGGGAAUGUAUAAGAAUGUCAGUGGAGAGUCUUGGAUCCAUCUGUCCUGUGUGUAAGGAA